CACUGUUCAAACUGCGUUCAUAGCUUUGCCUUUUUCACAAAGACACUCGCAAAUCCAACAAGUUUUCUUCUCAUGCGUUAAUGUCUUCCUUCCCCAUUCCUGCUAGUAUUUCCAGGAACAGCCGCGGAGUCAUAAAAAAUGUCCAGUGGAAGUGAGAAAACGUCGACAAAGCUAAGGACUAAGCUUGCUGUUGCGGUAAAGAGCAUUCAAUGGAGCUACGGCAUUUUCUGGGCAUCUUCCUCUACCAAGCAACGAACAUUGGAAUGGAACGAAGGGUACUACAAUGGUGAAAUCAAGACAAGGAAGACAGUCCAAUCCAUGAUGGAACUAAAGGCUGAUAAAAUAAGGUUUCAGAGAAGUGAGCAACUAAGAGAACUCUAUCAGUUUCUUCUUGUUGGCGAAACGGAUUCGCAGGCUAAAAGGCCUUCUGCUGCAUUAUCUCCAGAGGAUCUCACGGACUUAGAGUGGUACUACUUGGUUUGCAUGUCCUUUAUGUUCAACCACAGCCAAAGUUUGCCUGGAAGAGCACUAGAAAAGGGUGAAACCAUCUGGUUAUGCAAUGCUCAAUAUGCAGACAGCAAAGUUUUCUCUCGUUCUUUGCUAGCAAAGAGUGCAUCAAUUCAGACUGUGGUGUGUUUUCCCUACCUAGGGGGCGUUAUCGAGAUAGGCACAACUGAGUUAGUCCCAGAGGACCCUAAUCUCAUCCAACAUGUCAAAACUUGCUUCUUGGAAUUCUCAAAGCCCAUCUGCUCUGAAAAGCCUUCCUCUCCAUUUAACAAAGAAGAUGAAGAUAAAUAUCCAACAUGCGCCAACAUCAAUGCUUGGACAUCGAAUGAUUAUGAUACAACGACUUUGGAAAACCGAUGUUCCCCUACCAAGGAACUACAAGAUAACAAUGAAGAGUUUAACAUGGAUUCUUCUGAGGAAUGUUGUAAUGGUUGUGACCAUCACUGUCAGGUGGAAGGCUCUAUGUUUGAGUGCAUCAGUGGUGCACAAGAUUCCUUGAGUUCUGGGGAUUGUAUAUCUGAGGCACUUGAGAAGCAAGCCAAGGAAGCUACAAAUGCAGAUCAAGGUCAGUUAAGACUAACAGAACUUCAUGACUGCAAUCACUCAAAACUUAGUUCCUUGGGUAUUGGAAUCGUUGAAGACGUGCACUACACAAGGACUCUCAGUGCUCUUUUGGGAAACGCUAUGAUGUUUAAAGGACAUUCACACGCUAGGAACUCGAAUUGGAGGUCGAGUUUUGCACCAUGGAAUAAUGGGAGAGCUGCUGAGAGGGCGAGGCAACAGUUAGACCAGAGCAUGUUGAAGAAGAUUUUGUUCACUGUCCCUUUGAUGCAUAACAGAUUCUUCUCUUCCAGGUCACCAAAACAACGUGAUAGAACAGAAUUUCACAGAAAACUGGAUAUUGAUGAUCAUUGUGUGGGGAAGUCUUUAUCUGAUGAAAGAAGAGAAAGUGAAAACUAUCAGGUUCUCAAAUCUAUGGUCCCUUCUAUAGACGAGGUGGACAAGAUUUCUAUCCUCAAUGACACGAUCAAAUACAUGAAAGAGCUUGAAGCAAAAGUGGAAGAACUAGAAUCUUGCACGGACAUUGCAGAUUCUGAAACCACAAUGAGAAGCUCAGAAGUUAUGGAGCAGACAUCAGAUAACUGUGACAUCAGGAGAGUUUUCAAAGCAAGGAAACCUCAGACGAACAAGAGGAAAGCUUGUAACAUUGAUGAAUCCGGCUCAGACUUAAACAGCAUAAUCAUUAAAGAAGGUAAAUCAUGGGACGUAAAAGUGGACAUAAAGGAGAAGGAGGUUGUGAUUGAGAUGAAAUGUCCUUAUAGGGAGUUCAUAUUGCUUGAAAUCAUGGAUGCUAUAAGCAACGUGCAUUUAGAAGCUCACACAGUUCAAUCUUCAACAGUUGAUGGAUUUCUCGUACUGACACUUAAAUCUAAGUUUCGAGGAGCGGCCAUUGCACCAACGAGGAUGAUCUAUGAAACACUAUGGAAAGUCUGUGACAAAACUUGAGCUUUUUGUUUGGAUUUUAUUGGCGGUAACACUUGAGAUUAUGUAACUCCUGGCAAAUCUUUAAUUUCAGCCAUACUGUUUUUAACAUCUCAAUCAGUUUUGUAAUUUGACAUGCCUUGGCAUGAUUUGUUCUUUUCUACAUAAAAGUGUUCACUGCAGGAUUAAGGCCAA